AUGAAAGGGGCAGUGCAUCAGGCUGAAAGCCAAGGCGCAAUUAGGGGGUGGGGACGAGAUGAAGCGAAAGGGGGUGGCGACGGGUGCAAGAUAGAGGAGUUGAAGGGAAGGUCCUGGGUUUACACCGACAACAUUCAGAAGACACGAUUUGAAAAAGAAAAAAAGGACUUGGAAAAAGUAGUAAAGGAUUCGAUCUCUGAAAACUCUCGCAUCAGUAAGGGCCUGAUCAACAGCCUGAUCAAUUCCUUACAAAGGACUGUCGAGGUCAAUAUGGUCGACCAAGCUUGCUCUGAUGCUCUGACAGCUCUCAACGCCUACUACAAGGUUGCCGUGAAAACUUUCGUCGACAAUGUAUGCCGCCAAGUAAUUGAAAGGCAUCUUCUCACCCUUUUACCAAGCAUGUUCGACCCGACUUUGAUCAGCAGUUACUCGGAUAAGAAAUUGGUGCACUUGGCUGGAGAGUCACCGAGCACUAUUCAAUAUCGGGUCAAGACUCUGAAGCUGCAAGAAGCAUUGAAGCAAAGCAUUGAGGAACUUUCGCAGUGA